AUGCCUUUCGCCCCUCAAGAGCAUGUUCGCCCUCACACCGAGGCAGACUACGCCUGGUCUCGCCCUUUCAGCUUAGUGGAGAAACCAGGAAUGUACCCCAACGAGCCCGAAGCGUGGGUUUAUUGCGACAAAUUUGUUUAUGAAGAAGGAGAAGCCGUGUCACUCAAGACGCACACCACGGCGGCAACCUACGACAUCGAGAUCAUCCGCGAUGGAUACCAAUCUAAGACCGUUUUCCACCAGACUGGACUUCCAGGUCGCAAAUGCGAUACUCCUCCUGACGCCUACGCUACUGGCUGCGGUUGGCCCGAGGCCCUCUCGAUCCAUCUUGAAGAAGGAAAGUGGGAAUCGGCUUUCUAUCUCGUCAUCAUCCGCAUCAAGGAAUUUCAUGGCCGCGUUUAUGAACGAGAAGGGUUCUUCAUCAUCAAGGAUAAACAGCGGAAUAUUUCAAAUGCCAGCACCGCAGACUUUGUUCUCAUCCACGAUACUUCGACGCUCCUAGCGUAUAGUGACUGGGGAGGCGCAAACCUCUAUCGGGGCAUUUCAGACGGGUACCAAGACGACGAAGGCUCUCCCUUGUCAAGUACCCAACGUCCGAUCGCGCGUGGGAUGCUCAGAAUCCCCCAGAACGCUCCACGAGAAGCGAAUGGACCAAUGCAAGUCCGGAUGGGCGAUACCCCCAGAUUCCCAAUUCUCGAGUAUUCUUGGUAUUUCCGGUAUUCCCGACACUACGCCGAUGCCGGUUGGACAACAUAUGAGCGACCCUUUGUCGUUUGGGCGGAGAAGAACGGCUACCGAGUUCACCACCUGACGCAAUCGGAUUUGCAUUCCGAGCCGGAUUGCCUGAAUGGAUACAAGGUCGCUGUGUGCGUGGGACACGAUGAGUAUUGGUCCUGGGAACAGCGGCCCACCUUCCUAUUUAGGAAGGAAGGUGUCCAUCUAGCCCCGGGGGGGUCCAUCUAG